AUGUUUGAUGCCUAUCGUGAACGAGUGGCGAAGGUUGAAACGGGAUACCUGAAAAAUCCGCAGUUUCAACGACUUCCGUCCAUGAACAAGCUAAAGGUGUUCGUACUACCAUUCACCCACGUUGAUCCAAGUUGGCUGCAAACAUUCGACUCCUAUUCGAAGGAGACAGAUGCCAUCUUAGACAAUAUGCACAAUUUCAUGACUACAAAUCCUAAUAUGACAUUUAUGUGGGCAGAAUUGGCAUUUUUCGAAAGAUGGUGGAUAAAACAAAGCGCAGCUGUACGCGAAAAUAUUCGUAGGCAGAUGUUAACCUUUCUACAUAGGUUAGUGCAAAGCGGCCGAUUAGAAUUAGCGUCUGGCUCUUGGGUAAUGACCGAUGAAGCUAAUGUUUAUUAUCCUGUCACCGUUGACAAUAUCGUGGAGGGCCAUCAAUUUUUGAAACAAGAAUUGGGGAUAAAACGAGCAGUAAUUAAUCGG